AUGAUCUCUCUACUGUUGAACCACCCAAGUGUGCUGAAGACUGCCCAAGAAGAGUUAGACAACCAUGUAGGAAAAGAGAGAUGGGUGCAAGAAUCAGAUAUUCACAACCUCAAGUUCCUCAAAGCCAUUGUUAAGGAAACUCUUCGUUUGUACUCGUCAGGCUCAAUUAUCCCACGCGAGGCCACACAAGAUUGUUACCUCGGCGGCCACCAUGUUCGGGCUGGCACUCGUUUGAUCAUCAACAUAUGGAAGUUGCAUAGGGACCCGCGCAUGUGGAAGGACCCUUUGGAGUUUCGACCCGAAAGGAUCAUGACCAUGAAUGCUUGUAUGAGCUUCCGAGAUCAAUAUUUCGAGUACAUUCCUUUCAGCUCGGGUCGAAGAUCGUGCCCUGGCAUGGAACUGGGUUUGCUGGUGGUGCAGCUGGUGCUGGCUCGGUUGGUUCAAGGGUUUGACAUGAAAACCAAAGAUGAUUUGCCAGUGGAUAUGGAGGAAGAAUUGGGCAUUGCCUUAUCUAAGCUUAAUCCACUCAAUCUCAUCCUAACUCCUAGGCUUUCAUCGCAGCUUUAUGAGUGUCUUUGA